UAAACCCCAAAAAUCAUAUUGAUUAGGUCUUUUACUUUAUAAAAAUAAUAACUUCUAUGUGUAGAUAUUAUGAGAGGAAAAUUCCAAGGGCCAUAUUGUUUUACUCCAAAAAACAGUGUAAUGGGGCAUGUUUGUAUGUAUGCACAUAUCCAUGUGAAGAGAAAUCUGCAUCUUUACCUUUCCCCUUCACAUUUCCUCUCUCUCUCUCUCUCAUCAUUUUUUCACUCCUAUCCCUUUAGCUGUUUUCGAAUCUGGAAGUUCACAUUUCUUUGUUUCCUUGACACAAUAGGAAAAGAACAGAGAUGAGAAGCAAAUCCAAUAUAAGAAUUCGCCUUUUUCGUUUUUCCUUGAUGACUGGGAAGCUUUUUCUCACAAGUGAUAUGUUUUUGUGUUGGUAUGUGUUCUUAUUUAUAUACUUGUCCAAUUCUCUUUGUUAUCAGGGAACAAAAGCAGUUGAAGGCAUUGCCCUAGAUUUAUCAAAACUAGAAACUGUUAACUUUGAUACUGAAGCAUUUGCAGAGAUGUCCAAAUUGAGACUACUCCAGGUCAAUUAUGUACACCUUCUAGGAGACUAUAAGCAUCUUUCUAAAGAGUUGAGAUGGCUCUGUUGGCAUGGAUUUCCCUUAAAAUCAAUACCAACCAAUUUUCAUAUGGAGAACCUUGUUUUUCUUGACAUGCAACAUAGCAACAUCAGAGAAUUCUCAAAGGAAAGCAAACUACUCAAGAAAUUGAAAGUUCUCAAUCUUAGUCACUCUUUGCUCCUACAGAGAACCCCAAACUUCAUAAGACUCCCCAAUCUUGAAAAGCUAAUCCUAAAAGAUUGCAACAAUUUGGUUGAGGUUCACCAGUCCAUUGGAAAUUUGCACAAACUUGUUUUGCUGAAUCUGCAAGAUUGUAGAAGCCUAAAGAAUCUUCCUGUCACCAUUUGUAAUCUGACUUCUCUUGAAAAUCUUACUCUUUCUGGUUGCUCAAAACUUGACAAGUUACCAGAGGAGUUGGGGAAUAUGGGGAGCUUAAAAGAGCUUCUCGCAGAUAGAACUGCUAUAAAACAAGUACCCUUCUCCAUGGGACAUUGCAGGGACCUAAAAUCGUUAUCCUUAGGUUGGUUUAAAGGAUCACCACCUAAAUCUUGGCACUCUUUCUUCUCAUCUUGGGGUUCACCAAGUAAGGUUCCAGAUUCCUUCAACAUACUACCAGCUUCGUUCUCGCUUUUACGGUCCUUAAAAUCCUUAAUUUUGAAGGGCUGCAAUUUAUCAGAAGGGGCGAUUCCUAGUGAUCUUGGGACCAUGUCCUCAUUGGAAGUGUUAAAUCUUGGUUACAACAAUUUUUGUAGCCUACCUGCCAACAUUAGUUGUCUUUCUCAUCUCCGGAGUCUUCAGUUGCGUGAAUGCAGAAUGCUUCAAUCACUUCCAGAGCUUCCAUCAAGUUUAGAGAUAUUGUAUGCGAACGGAUGCACAUCAUUGCAAAGUUUGCCAGAUCUUGGUAGCUUAUCAUCAUUGGUUGAAUUGGAUUUAGGCUCUAAUGAAUUUUUUAGCCUACCAUCCAGUAUCAGUGGUCUUUCUGAGCUUGUUUACCUUACGUUAAACAACUGUACUAGGCUCCAAUCACUUCCAGAACUUCCAUCAAGCUUAAGGAAAUUGAACCUAGAAGGUUGCACAUCAAUAGACAGAUUAUCAAAUUUGUCAAAUCUAGAGGACUUACCAACCUUGAUGCUCAGGGAUUGUGACAAGAUAGUUGAGAUUCAAGACUUGGAGAAAAUGGAAUCUGUUCGAGCCAUUCACCUUGAAGGGUGCAACAAUCUGUCAAAUGCUUUUAAGGAGAGUGUCCUACAGGCAUUGUCAAAAGGUGGUGAGCUCAACAUCUUUCUUCCUGCGAGUGCAAUACCAGAGUGGUUCAGCCAUAAGAGUCCAGGGUCUUCAAUGUCUUUUAAGGUACCUCCACUUUCAGAUGAUAAGAUUCAAAAACUAUUAGUAUGUGCUGUUUACGCGGCGGAGGAAGUUUACAGAGAGGACUAUGAGUUUGCAGAUGCUCCUUUCCUUAAUGUCAAUAACAAAACCAGGAGUAUUAAGUGGAGAUACUGUCCAACAUCUGUUAGAAUCCCAAUACUCCCUCAGGAUCACAUGUGGGUUGGCUGUAUACCAGCUACUGAGUUUGGGAAUCUGUUGGGGGGUGGGGAUGAGGUAGAGGUUUCAAUAGAAAUGGAGAAACAAAUUAAAGUGAAGAAGUGUGGCAUACAUCUAGCGAUUGGUCCAUAUGAAGAGUGUUCUGAGUCAGAUGAUCAAGUGAUGAUCCAAUACAACUAUUCUUCAGAAGACGAUGUUUUUGAUACGGAUGGAAAUGUAUCAAUGGUAGAUCACAGAGGGGUGAAGAGAAGCCAUGAUGAGAUAGGUCCGAGUAGCUCCUGGUCUGAUGAAGAGCAAGAUCCUAAAUGGCUGACUGAUGAGGGAGAGAGAGAGGGAGAGGGAGGCUACAGUAGUUAUUUUAAGCUCUUCCCUAAAGGAUUCUUGAAGAAACUAUAUGGUGAAGGAUCAAGUAUAAAGAAAAUUUGAAGCAAGUCCUACAAUCUAUAGAAUCUCCAAUCUUGACUAAAGAGUUUAACUGUUUAGUGAGACAGAAUAGAGAGUGAGCAUUGGUUGUAAGUAAGCUUAUUUUGUGAUACAUGUACCUCAUAUUUCUUGUCCAAUGACUUUCCUCUUUGUUUUUGAUUUACAUGAUUAAGCUAGAAAGAAGGGAAAAAUAAAAGAGGGGGAAA